AUUUUAUUAAAGAUUUGAAAUCAUGGUAAUACAUCUCUUAAUAUACAAUAGGGAAAACAACCAACAUAGGGUUAAAAGAAAACCAAGGAUUAGAUAUCUAAAGCUGCAUCACAAAGAAGUAAAUAAACAAAGAAGGUAUUACAUCCAUUUUGAUUAUGCACUAUAGAAAUGGACCAAGGGAAGAGCAAAGGAUAAGUUGAACAAUGCCGUAUUUUUAGAUUAAGCAUCCUACAAAUAAAUUGAGACCCAAUUACCUAAAAUGGGUGCAUUGAUCACAGUCUCAACAGUAUCAGAUAAAUUCAAAGUAAACGGGUAAUUAUUGCUUCCCUAACCUUAAUUAUAGUUCUUUGGCCAGAAGAUGCAUCAGACACUUCGCAAAAUCAGGUUUAUUGGUUCCAGCCGGUGAUUAAAACUCUAAAUAAUACAUCUUCACUGUUAAUGCCUAAGUCGUAGCUGCCCAAAAGGCUGCUGCCGCUGCUGCUGCUGCAGAUAAGCCAUAAGCCUAAAAGAAAGCUCCAGCUAAGAAAUGAGUUUAUAAUUUAAGUACAUUACAAAUAAUCAUUUAUGUAUUUAUAAAAAGAAA